AUGGGAGGGCUAACACUUACCUGUGAGUCGUCUCUUGUUUCUGGAGCUGUUUUUUCACUCGGACAAGUUUCCCCUCGCUUUAGCCAAAAGGAGGUAAUCAUAUAUGCACAUUCAGGAAGCUGGGUUGAUGGGACUUCCUGUUUCACUUCAGAGCUCCACUGCAACGUCUUUCCAGGCAGAUGGUGCUCAUUCAACAGCACUCAAAGGUAUGGAAGGACAGUGCAAUCAUCCAAACAGGCUCACCCAGGUUUUUAUUUUGUCUCUUCCCACUUGGGCAGCAUAGGACUAGAGAAAAAGAGAGGCACGUCAAAGUCUCUUGAGCUGCCCAUCAGGUAA